CCGGACUUCCUAGUCAACCCCUGCCUAUUUAUUGUCCUGUUCUGGUCCCUCAUUGUACAAUUGCAUCUGGAACAACCUAUCCACCAUGCAGGUCGAGGUCAACCCCAACGAGGACACCGAGUGGAACGACAUUCUGCGCAAGCACGGUGUCAUCCCAGAGAAGCCGCAAGACCCCGAACCCCUCAUCCAGGAAGCCCUCGUCGAGGCCGAGAAGAAAGCAUACGAAAGCCGCCUCGAAGACAAAGACAUCGACGAACUAGACGAGCUCGAGGACGAGGAAGACGAGGAAUUCCUCGAACAAUAUCGUCAGAAACGUCUCGCAGAGCUCUCGACCCUCCAACAAACCAGCGUCCACAACCAAGUAUACCCCAUCCAGAAGGUCGACUACGCGCGCGAAGUGACCGAUGCGUCGGCGAAAUACUUCGUCCUGGUGCACUUGACCUCGUCGUCGGACGGAAAUGUGGAGUCGCGGGUCCUGACGGAGCUGUGGCGCCAACUGGCCGCCAAGUACGGCGAUGUCAAGUUCUGUCAGAUCCGUGGGAACAUGUGCAUUGAAGGCUAUCCGGAUAAGAACACGCCGACGAUUCUGGUGUACAAGGACGGUGAGAUUCGGAGGCAGAUCAUCACGCUGAGGGAAUUUAAUGGUCCUAGAACCAAACUGGAAGAUCUCGAGAGAAUGCUUCUAGACCUCGGCGCCAUCAAGGAGAGCGACAUUCGCCUGAAGAAACGGUCGGAUUCGUCAGAUGAGGAACGGCCAUCCAAGAUUAAAUCCCAGGCUAAGCGUGAUGAUGACGAUGACGACGACUGGGACUAAAGAGUUAUGAACUAAAAUAAUUGUCAAUUUAUGAAAUGUCACGACUGCAUGAUCCUGGAGAUCGGUGACUUGUUAAAAUAGACUUCUACUUGC